AUGAGGAGAAAUCAAGCUAUACCAUGUACGGACAUGGCGUAUAUUGGACGCACGUGUAGCGUAGGGGGAUUGGAACUGUAAACAGGCUAUACCAGGAAAAUAAGUAUGAUAUCCUGUUAGUAAAAUGUGCAGAACUUCGCGAAAUCUACAGCGGCGCGUUUUUAAGAAACAUAAAUAUACUUAAGACAACAUCAAACAGCGAAGGCAUGCUUGUUACUAGCAAGCUGAUUUGGCUCCCUGUGCACCUCUCUUAAAAAACAUGUAAGCGGUUCGUAUAAACUUUUAAAUGAUGGCCUGAUGCUCCACCUCAGUGGCUGAUAUGGGGAGAGAGAGGAGAUGCAUUCUGUGUCGUACGACACACAAUACAAAGCAGGAGAUGGAGGAGCAUUUGCGGAGCAUGCUGCACCACCGCGAGCUGGAGAACAUUAAGGGCCGGGACUGUAAGCACGAGUGUCGGGUUUGCCAGAUUUCGGUGGCGGGCCUGACGGGUUACGCCAGCCACAUCUCCAGCUCCUUGCAUAAGUUUCGGGUGGCGCAGCAGGAGCAGGGCGAGGGACCCAAAUCGGACGAGGAGUACUUCGAUGCAGAGCUGGAGCACCUCGAGAAACAGCGCAGGAAAGAAGAGGAGGCAGCCGCCCAAUUGGAGGAGAAUAGGCGACAGAAGCAGCUGUUCUGGUCGGAGAGGGCCCCUGCGUUCCAGCACUUUAGGGGGCCACAUAGAGGGUGCUACCCCAUGUUCCACCCAAUGCAGAUGGGCCGUGGCACACCCCACUGGCAGUUGCGACCAUUUCCUCCUCACAGGGGCGCCCCUGGCGCACACCAUGAUGAAGGCGCCCCUCAGGGGUCGGGGAACAGGCACCCCAGCCAGGAAUUCCUCCCCGGUGGGAUGCCAGGCUUCCCAAAUUGGCCAGCGCGGGGUUUCGGGCAUAGGGGUAAAUGGAGAGGAAAAAAGUGGCAACACCAAAACUACACUUUCAGUCCAAGUAGACAGAUCUUUGGGUCAUACCCUGGCAAACAGCACAGGCCGUGGGGCAACGUGAACUCGACACAGAUGGACAUCGACUUCACCAACAAUCAGCUGCCCAUGUCGUGCAGCUUCCAGCACAACACCAAGGAAAGGAUGCUAGAUGGCUACCAGCGUCCCGAUGGAAAGCAACAGGCUCAGCCAGCGUCUGGGACAGAGAAGCUCCCCAAAUUUGGCCAAAGCAGAGGUAUGGCCAACAGCUGUGGGUCCUUUUGCCGGUCCCCCCAUGAGCAGGACAAACAGCUUCAGGAAAUAAUGUGGAAGGCCAGGAAGGCUCUUCGGGAUGAUGGGGAGACGGGAGAUGUUUUAAUCCCCAAGCCACACACAGAGGGGCACCACUGGACCGUGCAGCCCAGUACGAAAGGCAAUCCUGGUACACCUGCAGGUUUGAAAAGCACGGGGACCCAACCAGACAAGGCUGGCCAGCAUCCGCAAAACAGCGUUCGGGUUCAGGCAUCCAGUGAGGCCACCAAACCAACAUCUCCCCAUGCCUCGUCCGUGCAGUCAGUCCAGAUAAGUACCUCCACCAGCGAGGCUUCCCAAGAGGCUGUUCCUGUGGCACCAGAAGGAGGGGUGGAGGGGCUGAAGACGGAAGUGGAGGAGGGAAGGGGCCAGGAGGCGGAAACAUCAGAGGCAGCCUUCGAGCAAGGGGCAAGAGAGCCCACGACGGAAGAGGGGCCCAGCUCCGACAGCGACGUACUGAAGGAUGCCCCCACGACGGCCAGCGCAUCACGGGUGCCCAGCCUGAGCAAACUGGCCCUGCCCGCGUCCCUCAAACGAGACCUGUCCCGUCACAUGAGCAAGGCGGGGACCCACGAGCCUAACCUGAACAUCGCACGGCGGAUCCGCAACAUCGACGGCCAGCGGAGGCCACUGGCUGAAAAGGAAUCGGGCCUGAAGCCCACCCUGAGGCAGCUGAUCAGCUCCUCGGGCUCCCGGCGGAACGUCAACUGGGACCAGGUCUACCAGGAAGUCAGCAAGAAGAAGCAGGGCCAGGGGAGGGGCAUGCCCAGGUUUGGAAUUGAGAUGGUGGCCCCGGUGCCCUCUGACCCGGAAGUUCACAGUCUGGAGGACCCUCCUCUGUCUUUGGGCUUUCACUGGGAGGCAUUGGACGAGCCGCACGCUGCACCCCCUGGGCCUUCAUCGCGGAAACGCAGCCUGUCGGAGAGUAACGUGGCGAGUGGCGACAAGGCCCUCAAUUUCCCACCGGCCACGGGCGCCGUCCCGAGGGAACCUCCCAGGAAGAGCCUCCAUUUGAACUGUGAGGAGCCCAGGACUGUGCCGUGGGUCAGUGGAAGCCACCUACCCUCCGAGCCUCAAGCAGAAGGCUGUCAGAAGAGGGAUUCUCAACGGGGCGCCAGUCCUGUGGGCAACCCGGAGAAAACUGUGAAAGAGGAUGCUGGGACAGAUUCGGGAACGGAGCACGACGAUUCCCACGGGGGAGGGACUGGCGGAACGGAUGUAACAUCGACAGUCUCAAAAACGGUUACAAAGGCGACGAAAGUUAAAGAGUCCACACCGGUGGGCGAGCUGCUGACACUCUCCCUGAGGGAGGAGGAGCUCAACAGCUCCCUGCAGACCCUAGAAGACAGUCUAGUUCAGGCUCGCAUGGCCCUGCAGGCGGCAUACAUGGAGGUGCAGCGCCUCCUGAUGGUCAAGCAGCAGAUCACCACAGAAAUGAACUCGCUGCGGGCGAAGCGCAUUGAAAUCCUGCAGGGCAUGCAAGACAAUUAUGAGAAUGGGGCCAGUCCUAAUGGAAUGGCAGAGGCCUCUGGGGUGCCCCCUGCUGAUUCAUCUGCUCUGCCCAGCCAGCCUCCUCUAGCUGCCCUCUCCUCGCCGUCUGUCUCCCUGUCCUCCGCAUCACCUGCGACCAGCAUGUUUGCCCUCAAAGGGCCCUCUUCCAUCAAGCAAGAGUCCCUUUCUCCCACCCACUCGAAUCUGGGUGUCAUUGACAGCACCGCCUUGGGACUGUGUCCCCCAGCGCCCCACCCUGCCUUCUCCUCCCCCCACACGGAGUUCCCUGUACACAGUUCCUCUCCGUCCACUAGUGGGUCGAGGGGGGGGCUCAGUGGGGCUGCUUGUAGGGAUUCUGCUGGGAAGCGGCUGGGUUCUCCUGGGAUGCUCACCACCGAGGCCCAAGCGGAGGCGAGGUCUGACCAGGCCGCUGUGGCUCACACUGAGUGUUUUGCUGCCGGAGGUUCUGGAAGUGGAUCCCCACAUCCGGGCACCUUCUCCACCUCCUCCAAGAAGGGCUCCAAGAAGAAGAAACUUCUGACAAAGAAGAGGAAGAGGAUGAUGGCGCAGUGUGAGAACCGCGCAGGGAGUACGGAGAGCGACACGGACCGGGAGACCCCGAGCAAAGCCAAGAGGAAGCCAAUGGAGCGGGAACAGGAUGAGGAGGCGGGGAAACCGGGUCCCUCGGAGCUCCCUCUGGGAGGGGCCAGCAGCGACGACUCCUCCUCCUCCCUGGCCAUCGUGGAUAACCCGGAAGCUCCGCCCUGCGAGGUCAUCUCCCUCAACUCCUCUGAACAGGAGGAGGAGGAGGAGCGCGAGGAACCCGCCCCCCCAAAGUCCCCCUCGCCCCCUGCUGCUCCCACACCUCCGAUCUCAAGGAAAGCCAAGCAGCGGAGACUGGCCUGCGACGAGGUCAGCUCCACCAGCGAGCUGGCCCCCGCUAUCAAAACGGAGAUGCCCUGCAGAAAAACCCGGUCAUCUGCGGGGGGUGGAGAGCAGAGUUCGCAGUUCCGUGCUUCCUUGGAGUCGGAGAGCAAGCAGGAGCCGUCUGAGGGCUCUUUCCUGGGCCACCAGGUGGCCGUCACUGGCUUGCAGAUCUACGGGGGGUGCCUGUACACCUGCUCCGAGGACCAGACAGUGCGUGCCUUCAGCUUAGUGACUCGCCAGUGCACGGCCGUCUUCGAAGGCCAUGGCGCCAAGGUCAACUGCUUGCUGGUGUUGCCCAGCACGGGGAUGCAGUCCUACCUGUACACGGGCUCCAGUGACCACACCAUCCGCUGUUACAGUCUCAAGGUAGAUCCGUCUGCCCAGCACAUGGCCUCCCUGGCAGAACAGCGUUCUGUUUUCCCCACUUUCUCCUCCCAAUCUCCCGCCACCUUCCCUUCCUGUCCACAGAACAGGCAGUGCGUGCAGCAGUUCUGCAUGCUGGACCGGGUCUUGUGUCUGCAUAGCCGCUGGAAGAUUCUGUACGCAGGCCUGGCCAAUGGCUCUGUGGUCAGCUUCUGCCUGAAGAAAAACCAGCAGCUGGAUGUUUUCGAGUGCCAUGGGCCACGUGCAGUGAGCUGCCUGGCGUCCACGCAGGAAGGGUCACGGCGCCUCCUGCUGGUCGGCUCCUACGACAGCACCAUCAGCGUGCGGGACGCCAGGAAUGGCCUGCUGCUGCGCACACUCAAGGGCCACACCAAGACGGUGCUCUGUAUGAAGGUGCUGAAUGACCUUGUCUUCAGCGGCUCCAGCGACCAAUCUGUCCAUGCCCAUAACAUCCACACAGGGGAGCUGAAACACAUCUAUAAGGGGCACAGCCAUGCUGUUACCGUGGUAGCCAUCUUGGGCAAGGUGAUGAUAACAGCCUGCCUGGACAGGCUGGUGCGCAUCUACGAGCUACAGUCCCACGACCGGCUGCAGGUGUACGGUGGUCACACAGACAUGGUCAUGUGCAUGAGCAUCCACAAGAGCAUGAUUUACACCGGCUGCUACGAUGGGAGUGUCCGGGCUGUCAGGCUCAACCUGAUGCAGAAUUACCGCUGCUGGUGGCAUGGCUGUUCGCUGAUCUUUGGUGUGAUGACCCACCUGCACCAGCACCUCCUCACGGACCACGCCAACCCCACCCUCCAGACCCUCAAGUGCCGCUGGAGGAGCUGCGAGGCCUUCUUCACCUCACGGAACGGCUCUAACCGGGAUAUCCCCCUGCACAUACAGAAACACGCCGAGGAGGACAGCAGCCCGGAGCCCCAGAGAGCUGAGAGGGCCUGAUUGUCCGUAGUCGGCCUCCACUGAAGUGAAACGAUUUUGGGUUCUGACAGUUCCCCCGACAGGUCCUUGCAUACAUGCCACCUGGAAUGGUGACUUUAUUUGUGAACUCUUCUACCUUUUGCUUAGCUGCCAAAACUUUAGACUGACCCACUCCCCCCCCCCCCCCCGAAGAUGUCAACGGGAUGCUAAGCAAAUCGAGGGGGGCGGAGACUUGGAGGAGGUGCUGUAUGCGGGUGUCUUGAGCCCUAGUCACUCAGGACCAUCAAGCAAAGCAUCAGCAUCCAUUGGGCUACAACUGGGCUAACCAUGGUGGGCAACCCUUGUUUGCUAAUCUCAAACAGAAAUCCCCAUGGCAAGGGAAAUGAGCUGCGUUUCCAUGUAGGGGAUGCCUUUCAACAUGGAUUUAAAGCGGCUUCAGGAACAACAAAAAGCAGUAUGUCAUGUGACCAUUCUGCAUGGAGGGGAAGUGCGUUACAUCAGCGUAACAAUGAAACAGCCUUAUGCCGUACAGUAUUUAAGAAUCCCCUAGUUAUACAGGUCAGCGUGUCGUCCAGAAGACGGUGGAAUGUGCCAGAGUCUCGUAUCACUACACUGAUCACAGUCCUCUUUUUAGCUGCUACUUCUUGGCUGAAAACUUUUUUUUUUUACUUUAUGUGUAUUUGAUUUGGAUUUAAAUUUUACCAGAGUAAGCCAGUGCGUGACAUGUUCUCACAUGCUUUUAAAUCCCGAUUAUGCCACUGCUGAAAGGGCGCUCUGUAUUGCAGAUCUUCCUCUUAGUAGGUUGUAUGUGUGUGUACGCACUCGUGACCGAUUUGUUUUGUAGGGACAGAGUGAGAUGUUUUUAAGUGCGUGUGUGAGAGCAGAGUAGCGUAAUGGGGAAUUGGUAACUAACGAUACAGCAGCGGCAAGGAUGCAUUGAAACUUUAAAGUGGGGUUUGCAUACAUGUGUACACUGCACUCCAACUGCCCCCCCCGAUCUGCCGCCUCGAUCCAGCCAGUUACCUUAGUAUGAAUAUUAACCAGUUCAUCUGAACCAGUCACAGCUGUGGAGUCUCUGUAGGGAUUCCAUUGUUCUGGCUACCGCUGAUUGUGUUUUUCGCCCGCGGCUGAGAGGGGGCCCCUUUCCCCUGCUCUUUGGACGCACCGGCACCUUCUGUGGAGCCCAUUGUUCAAGCCUUUAAGCAUUUUAUAAGGAGUGUGAGUGACAGACGACAAAUAAAUUUUUGAAUUGUUUAUUUUCAAA